AUGACUGAAUUGAACAACCUAGUGGUUUGCGACUUCCACGGCACACAGAGUUGUUGCCAAAAUCUUGGACUGUCCAAAUUUUGGUCUUGCUAUCUACGCGAUCGUGAUGAUGAGAACGUUGAUGAUGAGAGAACGUUGGUUUCCAUCAGUCUAAUUGCCUGGAUCAGACGGAAAGUCUACACCGUAGAAAUCCCGUCGAAUAUUGCUGGAUGUGAUCCAGCCUUCUGA